UGACUUUUCCAGUCAAAGGGCAGAAUUAGGGCAGGAUUGGAGACACAGUCUCAGUCUCUGUAUUAAACAUGCUCCUCAGUCCCUCCCUGGCCCAGCCCUCAUGAGCUCAUCUCUCCUCACUCCUUAACGACUGGCACUGUCACAGGUGAACACACACCACACACUACCCUGCAAUAUACACCACCAGCCCUCCCAGAGAAGAAAACCCUUACAGAAUCACCCACCAACCAACUCGGACCAAGCGGCGUGGUAAACAGCAGCGACGACAGCAGCAGCAGCAGCAACAACAGCGGCCAGCAUCACAGGACUCCUGGACAUGGGAGGAGAUACUGAACAGAGAGGGACCCUGGGCACAGGCUGGGGAAAAUCGCCGCCCCAAAGCAGAGCUGGAGGCAGCGAAAGCUGAGCGGCGGCAAUAUGAGGAGCCAGCACGGCAGUGCGACAGGUACGAGAGGCAGCCCCCCCAAAAAAAUUGGGGGGGGGCACACGAGGUGUGGUACUAAGCCAGGUAGCAGACCUGAGCUCACUCCUCGUGUUUAUGAUAAGCAGCGCAUUACUGGUCAGGCACCGUGUUAUGCGGUUAAGCGCACGGUGUCGCCAGUGCGUGCCCAUAGCCCGGUGCGCUAUAGGGCAGCCCCCCGAAAGUGCCAUGCGAGUGUGGGCAUUGAGCCAGGGCGUAUGGUGCCUGCUCAGCGGGUCUGGUCGCCGGUACUCAGUUUUGGUCCAGGUUAUCCUGCGCCGGCUCUGCGUGCUGUGUCUCCGGGGCGCUGGGAGGGUGCAGUGCGUCCUCUGCCUGCGCUCCGCUCGUGCCGGGCAAAUGUGGGAGUGGAGCCUAAGGGAGAGGUGCGUGUAGUAAGCACUAGAUCUCCCGUGCUUACCCACAGCCCGGUUCAACCUGUGCCUGCACUCUGGAGGGUCCGGGCUAGAGUAGUUGUCCAGCCUGGGGAAGUGGUGCCAAGGUUGCACACCAGGGCUCCAGUGCUCCCCCACAGCCCGGUUCUUCAGGCUCCUCCUAACACCAAGCCUCCUGAAGGUCUCCCCAGCCUGGUGGUUCCUGUGGCAGCCCCACGCACCAGGCUGUCUCUCUGUCUCCUCCCUGCAGGUGGUCCCGUCUGUCCGGCGCCGCUGCCGCAGUCUCCCGCCUGUCCGGCGCCGCUGCCGCAGUCUCCCGCCUGUCCGGCGCCGCUGCCGCAGUCUCCCGCCUGUCCGGCGCCGCUGCCGGAGUCUGAGGCGCCAGAGCCCCUCAGCCCAGAGGCGCCAGAGCCCCUCAGCCCAGAGGCGCCAGAGCCCCUGCCCCUCUGUCCAGAGCCCCUGCCCCUCUGUCCAGAGCCCCUGCCCCUCUGUCCAGAGCUUCUGCCCCUCUGUCCAGAGCUUCUGCCUCUCUGUCCCGAGCUGCCCCUCUGUCCAGUGGGGUCAUUGAGAGGGGUGGCCAUGGUUAGAAAGCCACGGAGGCGGACAAUAAGGCGGACUAAGACUAUGGUGAAGUGGGGUCCGCGUCCCGCGCCAGAGCCGCCACCGCGGACAGACGCCCACCCAGACCCUCCCCUAUAGGUCAAGGUUUUGCGGCCGGAGUCCGCACCUUUGGGGGGGGUACUGUCACGUUCUGACUGUUAUUUCCUGUGUUUUGUAUUGAGUUAGUAUGGUCAGGGCGUGAGUUGGGUGGGCAGUCUGUUUGUUUUUCUAGGUUUUGGGUAUUUCUUUGUUUUCGGCCUAGUAUGGUUCUCAAUCAGAGGCAGGUGUCAUUAGUUGUCUCUGAUUGAGAAUCAUACUUAGGUAGCCUGGGUUUCACUGUGUGUUUGUGGGUGAUUGUUCCUGGCUCUGUGUUUGCACCAGAUAGGACUGUUUUAGGUUUUCUCACCUUUGUUGUUUUUGUUAGUUAUCUCAUGUGUAGUUUCUUUAUAAAUUAAAGAAUAUGAAUAACCACCAUGCUGCUUUUUGGUCCGCUUCUCUUUCACCAGAAAACCCUUACAAGUAUAAAGGACGUUAGAGGCAGUUUCACAAGCCAAUGCUAACUAACACUAGCGCAAAGACUGGAAGUCUACAGGAAAUGUUAGCAUGGUAGCUAUUCCUGUUCAUCCAACUCUGGGGAGGUAGAUAAAUGGCUUCAUUGCCAAAAUCUCAAACUAUCCCUUUAAUAUGGAGGAAAUUACAGUCAUUGGAGCUAAUUACAGGGUUUUUCCUGUAUCAAAACAUCUUAGGUUUCAGUGUGAACUAGAAUGACCAAAACCAGAAAGCAUGCAGAAAAAAUAUUGAACAAUAUUUUUAAUAAUACCAUCUUUGAGAACUCAAAAUCAAAUAAAAGCUAGACAGUCAGGGAUGAUCAAAGAAUGUUAAAUAAUGGGCAUUCAGAGAACUUGAUUUUGAUAUAAUGUUUGAGCAGAGGAACAUUAGCCAUGGCAAAAUACAUAUAAUAUAACUCUCUACCAAAUAUAUUCAUUUUAAAAUGUUUAUUACUUCUACAUGCCAUUUUCAUUCACCUGAUCGUAA